GUUUAGAGUAUCCGUGUAUAAAUGCAGGACUACGCCCUGCUCCCGAUGUUGAUGUUCGAUUCCUCUCCAGACAACUCAAUUUCCAGCUCAGCAUUCCCACGCACUUGUAACCAUUGAAUCACCAUGGCAGGCACUACCGUUUCUUCAUUAUUUUCACAGUUCGAAGAGUCGAAUGGAGACUACUUAAUGCGUUGCCCUAAAUGCGAACACAAACAAGUCUGUUCAGUAUUGAGAUGCGCACCAGACAACCCCAACGAAAAUGAGGAUAGGCCGUAUUUCAAAUGCCGCUUUUGCCCGGACUUCCUGACGUUUGCUGAUGAUCGUGGGAUCAAUGAGGACAAUCCACCCUGUGACUGUGGAAACCCAUGCAGACUGCAGAUAUCAACCGGGGGGGAUGGCAAGCCCUGGGGGCAAUUACACCUCGUUUGUAGGGUUGGGGCAUGCGGCUUUUACGACUUGUAUGAGGAUGGUAGGAUGCUCACUCAGAAGGAAGUAAAGAAGUGGAUCAAGGAUGGCCGGUUAUAAAAUGUCACGCGGGAACUGGUUUUAAGUCUAUAUUGGCAUCAACUAGAAAUUUUUGGUCAAAAGCAUUUGAUCUUACUGGAAGCUAUUUGAUCAG